AAUAAGAAAAGUCAAGGCGGACUUUGACGACAAAUUGCUAAACCUCGAUAGAUGAUGAUAAUAAGCCUAAUUAAAAUAAACGUUACAUCGUAAUCAAUUGCUUCAAUCUCAUUCUCAUCUCAUGUCAUCCUUAGCCGCGGUUAGCCGACCAUACUAUCAACAAUGUAUACAUGCACAUAUUUGUAAUAAUUAAGAAGAAAAAUAAAGAAUGUUUCACCGUCCAAAAAAACAGAAGAGGGCAUGGUCCGGUCCUGAGACGGGAUGAGAUAUUUUGCUUAGUGCUAUAUGUCAACAUCUUAGUUAAUACCCACCGGUUCUGAUAUAAAAGGGGGAAAAUAAUUCAUAACCAACCACACAACAAAUCUCUCUGUUUCUCCCGCUCUUGCUCUGUUUUCUCAAAGACGUAGCUGAUCUUCUCUUCUGCAUUCCAAAUCUCCUCGUUACCUGAAUAGGAUAGUGAGAAUCAUCUAUGGCUACAGCUAAGAACAAGGGAAAAUCCAUCAGGAGCCUUGGUACAAAUGAAUCAGAGAAAAUGGAUGAGGAGUUCCAGUUUAGUAGCGGCAAGUAUAAAGAUUCGGGUUCUGGCUCGGACAUGUGGUUAGGAGAAGCUUCCUCUACGUCCCAAAGAGGUCUUAGGAAGACUAGGACCUUUGACCGACAUAAUCCUUAUCUCCUUCAGCCGCCACCAACAACUAAAUGCCCUGUCUCUUCUUCGAGUGUCGCUUUUCCCUUUUCCCUCGCUCCAGCGAUUCAAAAUCAACAACGAUUUUUACACCCGAAUGACCCUUCAGGACAAAGACAGCAACAAAUGAUCUCGUUUGGUCCUCAACUACAGGUGCAGCCAUAUUUAGUACAACAACAACAACAUAUGUUGCAGUACUGGAGAGACAUAUUGAAGCUGAGCCCGAGCGGAAGAAUGAUGAUGAUGAACAUGUUAAGACAAGAAAGUGAUCUGCCACUGACGAGGCCGCCCAUUCAACCAUUCAGUGCCACCAAGCUAUAUAGAGGGGUCAGACAACGCCACUGGGGAAAAUGGGUUGCUGAGAUCCGUAAGCCACGAAACAGGACACGUCUCUGGCUAGGGACAUUCGAUACAGCAGAGGAAGCCGCCAUGGCUUACGACCGCGAGGCCUUCAAGUUGAGGGGUGAGACCGCCAGGCUCAAUUUUCCCGAGCUUUUUCUCAAUAAACAAGAGUCAACUCCGGUGCAUCAGAAACAAUGCGAGACGGCGACUACUAGUGAAGAGGCAAGCGGAAGAAGAGAAGAUGAUUCAAGCGCGGCAUUGGCAGUGGGAAGGGUGAGUGAGGAGACAGGUUGGGCUGAGGCAUGGUUCAAUGCAAUUCCAGAGGAAUGGGGACCUGGAAGCCCUCUAUGGGAUGAUUACCACUUUCCCAUUUCUAACCACAAGGACGAUCAUGAUCCCCCACAAAACUCUUCUUCUGAUACAAUUUAGAACCUUUGCACUUUCACAUGUUAGAAUGUAUAGAUGCUUAGUUGUAUGACUGACUAGUUUUAUGGUUUUGGGUGGAGACAGCUUUUGUCAUCUCCCUCAUUCCCCAUAUUUUUACGAAUCUUAUUAUUCUUACCA